GGCUAUACAACAUAUGCAAGCUCAAAUAUUGUUAUCGAUGUUUUAAGUUUUAUAACCUCGUAACCAAUGAGGUAAAAGUAAAAUAAACUAGAGAAGUUGUAAGUGGAAACAUGUGGAAUGUAAAAUGAAAUGGAAUGGAAUUUACGUGGAAUGUAACAAGUUUAAACUUUGCGAAUUACGACCGAUGGCUUGUUGAGACCAUCUGCAAAAAGAAAAGUUUUAAGUUACAUACAAUGGUUGGUUGUGGCCUUCCCCGAUCUUUGUGUUUGCAAUUCUGAAGUGUUACAAAAUCUAUCGACUCCUAUCACGGAUGGACACGUAAUCCGUUUGCCUGGGCAUGAACAUCGCCGGGUGCUCAAAAUAUAUUCAUUUGUAUUCCAAUAACAAAAGAGGAUAGAUAUACAGAAUUGAAGACACAUAUAACUAGGAUUCCAAAAGGGAAAACAAGUCAGUUGUAAUGGUGAAUUUGAAGUGAUAACACCUCUCGGUCGUCAAGUGAUAAAACAUCUAUUGCGUCAUUUUAUCAAAAUCACUUGAUUGGAUUAAACAGUUGAUUUCGAAUUUUUUUGAGAAAAAAUUUUUAUUUGUCAAGAUGAGUAGGAAUCCGAUUUCAGUCUUGCAAGAAUUUUUGCAAAAAAAUUGUUAUGCCUUGCCGAAAUACGAUGUCAUCACUACGUCUUCAGCAAACUGUUCCUUCACCUACCGAGUAGUGUGUGAAAUCCGGAGUCAAAGUUUCUCGGCUACUGGGGAAUCAAAAAGCAAACAGACAGCGAAAUUUAAUGCUGCUGAAAAUUUGAUCAUGCUAUUAAAAAGUAAAAACUUUAAUAUUUUUUACGAACUAGAAAAUAUUGAACCUUCGGAUAACGACUCACCUUCAUCAAUUCUAAAUGGAGUAAAUUUCAUCGGAAAAUUACAGGAACAAUGCUUGAAGCAUAGGUAUGUCAUGCCGUGUUACAGCGAAGGAGUUUAUUCUCAAGGUCACUCAGACUUCAAAAUAACUUGCACCGUGGGUACUUAUCGUGUAGAAGGUACGUCUAAUGGCAAGAAAAAACAAGCUAAGUAUGCUUGCGCCAAAAAAAUGUUAGAAGAUUUGGAAAAUAUGUCCGAGGCGCAAAAACUUCAAUAUCAGAUACGCGACAAUACAGUCCAAUGUGUCACUAAGUCUAGUAAAGAUGAAAUGAAUACAACUACCUGCACUUCAAAAGAAUUAUCAAUAGAUUCUCCCGAAAAAACUAGUUAUGUAAUUAAGAAAGCUUUGACGUUAUUCCCAAAGUUGUCUAAAGCUCAUACAUUAAGUGUUGAUUCGGCGAAAAUCAAAUUGUCAACGUAUCAUACUUAUUUUAAAAGCUCCCUCGAUAAUUCGCAGUUAACAAAAUUUUUUGAAUUUUAUCAAACUUUAAAUUUACACCAAAUUCAGAAUGACAUAUCGAAACUAUCAUCAGCAUUGCAUGAAAUAUGCACUAUUUUAAAAAUUAACAAGCAAGAGUCUGUUGUAAAGACUGUAGAUGACACCAAUUAUGGUGUCGUUAUUACACUCACAACUAAUCCUGAAUUUUCGGACGUAGCAGUAGCUGAUAACUAUCCUGAGGCGAGGCUUAACGUCCAUUACCGUAUGAUACGAACUAUUUUCUAUCUGUUAAUAUAACUAAAAUUCGGUGCUUCUCAAAGUCUUCUUUAAAUUAUUAUAUAUAAAAUGAAUUAAAUAUUGUUGCAAAUUUUUAAUGAUUUUAAGACUUUUAUUUUAUAUGUCCAUUAGUAAGUGCAAAUAAGCUCAUUUUUAGGCGAAUUAACAAACUAAUAAAGACAUUGGAAAUUAAAAGUCUUGUUUGAACUGGAUUCAGACAUUAAAAUUAUGUAAUACAGUGAGGCAUGAGAUUAUUUGCCACACAACAUUUUAUGAUAAUUGACUGAAUAGUUUUUAAUUAGGCUUUGAACCCUAAAUAAAUAGAGGAAUUUUCUUCCAAUCAUUUAAUUUUUUAUUUUAAACAACAAAAAUGAAACGUAGAUCUUAUUUCUAAAACGUCGAUAGAAAAAUAAUUAUUAUUUCUAAACUGAAGCCUCUAAAUAUUUCAUCAUUAUUAUUA